AUGGCAUCAUCACGAUACAGCCUCGACAGCAGAACAACAUUCGCUGGGUCCCCGAUCAGCCCUUCAACAACACAUGCCAUUCCCAAGCUGCAUGGUGAAGGACUGGGUCUGCUACACAACUGGGAAAAGUCUCCUCGCAGCCCCACCAUAAUUCGGAGUUGGCGAGAUGACACGACCCAAGAAGGCCAAACACCAGCCAGGAGAUCACGGGUCCUUAUAAUCACGUUGUAUCUUCUCGCCUUCUUCACCGUCCUAAUCUGCAGCUGCGCGACAUGGGGCAUCGUCGCCUAUUCCACUUCACAAACAUCUUCUCAGUGCAACUCUCACGUCACGAGCGGGAAAGAGGACACCCUCCACCUCGCCUCAGACAUCAGCGGCCUUGUGCCAGAAUGUAUGAUUUUUCCCUUUUUUCUCCUCACAGCCCACCCAGGACACGGCUCUAAACAGCCCCUACCUACCUACCUAGUCUCCCUCCGCCCCCAAACCUUCCGCCCUGACCCCGAGCCCCCAACCAACAGCACCACCACCCCUCCCGCCUGGACCUCCUCCUUCCCCCUCGGCAACGGCUUCAUCACCACCCCACCCAACUUCAACCCCUCCGGCAGUUCCCACCUCCCUCCCCCGAUGGAGUUCCAUAACCAGCAAGUCUACUCGGUGGCUGUCUUCCACCAGCUUCACUGCCUGCAGAUGAUCAUGACGAGGUACAACUCGCUUAUUGCGGGUGAUGUUAAGUAUAAAAGAAUGCAAGGGCAUGAUGAUGAUCACAGCCACAUCAACCACUGCUUUGGCUACCUGAGACAGAGCCUCAUGUGUUGCGGUGAUACCGCGCUUGAGGGCCAGAAUCCGGAGACGGAGGGGCAAAAGGUCGAGACCGAUGGGAUGGGUGUGGUGCACAUGUGCAAGGACUUUCAGGUGGUUGUGGAAUGGGUGGAGGGGAGGAGGGUUAGUGACGAGAGGGGGGUUUAG